CACCAACGUUAACAACGACGAAACUCCCACAGCGCCAUAAAACAGAGCGGGCUGCCGCCCGCGCGACACGCUCCGCUUCCCUCCCACUCCCUCACCAUCCCUGCCCUGCUCUGCUUUGCUUGCCUAACGGGUCGGAGGCGGGGACGGCCCCACCGCCCCGAGCUCUCAACCGCCGAUGGACGCCGCCGGGCCGCCAUCGGCAGCCAGUGGCUCCGGCUCCAACUCCAAGACCUCCCUCCUCGGCAUGCCGGUUCCCAUCGCGAUGGCCGCCGCCGCGGCACUCGUCGUCCUGCUCGUCCUCUCCGCGGUUGUCGCCGCUGUUCUACUCGCGCGCAGGCGGGGCGCCAGGCCGCCCUCGCUGUCGCGCGUCGAGCACGCGCCGUCCUCCGCCUCCGCCUCCGCCUCCGGCUCCUCCCGCGCCGCGUCGUCCGCGCGCAGGGAGAAGGUCGGCGCGGACCAGGUCGCCGGGGCGGGCGCCACCUCCUCUUCUGGCGUUGCCAGCUCCUCCGCGGCCGCGAGCUCGCUCGAGUCGCCGGUGAAGAGGAAGGCGGAAGCGGUCAGGGCCGCGGCGGGCGUGGACAUGGAGAUGGAGAUGGGGUGGGGGAGGUGGUACGACCUCACGGAGCUGGACGUCGCCACGGGCGGGUUCUGCCCAGAGAACGUGGUCGGGGAGGGAGGCUACGGCACCGUGUACCGCGGCAUCCUUGCCGGCGGCGAGGUCGUCGCGGUCAAGGACUUGUUUGAUCACAAGGGUCAGGCCGAGAAGGAAUUCAAGGUGGAGGUUGAAGCCAUCGGCAAAGUGAGGCACAAGCACCUUGUCGGUCUCAUCGGGUACUGCGCAGAAGGCCCUAAACGGAUGCUCCUUUACGAGUUCGUCGAAAACGGGAACCUGGAGCAGUGGCUGCACGGCGACGUCGGUCCGGUCAGCCCUUUGACCUGGGAAAUACGGAUGAAGAUCGCCGUCGGAACGGCCAAAGGCAUAGCGUACCUGCACGAAGGCCUGGAACCGAAGGUGGUGCACCGCGACAUCAAGUCGAGCAACAUCCUGCUGGACAAGAAGUGGAGCCCCAGGGUGUCGGACUUCGGCAUGGCCAAGGUGCUGGGGUCCGGGUCCAGCUACGUGACGACCCGCGUGAUGGGCACGUUCGGGUACGUGGCCCCCGAGUACGCGUCCACGGGCAUGCUGAACGAGAGCAGCGACAUCUACAGCUUCGGCGUGCUGCUCAUGGAGCUCAUCUCCGGGCGCAGCCCCGUGGACUACAACCGCCCCGCCGGCGAGGUCAACCUGGUGGAGUGGUUCAGGGGCAUGGUGGGCAGCCGGCGCGUGGAGGACCUGGUGGACCCGCGCAUCGCCGCGCCGCCGCCGCCGCGGGUGCUCAACCGGGUGCUGCUCGUCUGCCUCCGCUGCAUCGACGCCGACGCGCACAAGCGGCCCAAGAUGGGGCAGAUCGUGCACAUGCUCGAGGGCGACGAGUUCCCCUUCCGCACGGAGCACCGCUCGCCGAGGGCGUCUCACCGGACGUCGAUGGCCACGCGGCCGUCGCUUCUGUCGGAGAACGUAGGUGCCACUGACGACUCAGACAAGUCCAUGUGGAGAUGAAGGAUCUAACCCUGCACGAACACACCUGGCGCGGCAUGCGAGGAGCCGGAGCUGGGGCUUGGGGGAUGGACUGACUUUUCUCAACUGGUGUAAUUUUUUGUUGUUGAUCCACGGCGGGAUGAGCGUUCUAAUUUGCUAUGCUGCUCGUUUGGUUUGAUGGUGUUUACCGUAAUGUAUGAUUUGGCACAGACGCACAGAUCUUCUUUUUUGUUGUUCAUUAUUACUAGGCUUUGGCGACCCCGCGAAGCUUUCUU